UGCCAGUGCACACAUCCAUAUGAAGCAGUUUUCAUUGAGACACAAUGGUGGACCAGCUUCAAGGAACAUGGAAAUCUGUUUCUUGUGAAAAUUUUGAAAACAACAUGAAGGAAUUGGGAGUGGGAAGAGCCAGCCGGAAACUGGGCUGUCUGGCAAAGCCCACCGUGACCAUCAGCACAGAUGGGGAUCUGAUCACCAUCAAAACCAAAAGCAUCUUUAAAAACAAGGAUAUUUCCUUCAAGCUGGGAGAGGAGUUUGAGGAAAUCACACCAGGUGGCCGAGAAAGCAAGAGCACAGUAAUCUUAGAUAACGACUCCUAGGUUCAAGUCCACGACUGGGAUGGCAAGGAAGCCACAAUCCACAGGAGGCUGGUGGACGGGAAAAUGGUGGUGGAAAGCGCAAUGAAUAACGUCACCUGUACCUGAACAUACCAGAGAGUUUAG